UAACGUGCGGACACCUGUGUUUUGAAACUCAACUUUUAUUUCCAAUCUAUUUAUUGUGAAUUAAUGUUUAAUUGUACAUUGUUUUUACUUAUUACAUGAUCAAUACAAAUAUAUAAGUGAAUAUGGCGAUGCGUGAUUAUGCUGCUGAUAAAGAGGCCUUCAAGAACUUUUUCGUGGAUUUUUGCCAAACUGACGACGAAGGUCACAAGCUUUUCAAGUAUGCAGAACAACUUACCCAGGUUGCACACAGAGAGAAGCUGGAGUUUAUUGUGGAACUUGAUGAUCUGCACAAUGCAAAUGAAGAGUUAGCAGAAGCUGUGAUGAACAACACGAGACGCUACACCUCCAUGGUGUCUGACAUUGUCUAUGAAAUGUUACCCGAGUACAAACAUAGAGAGGUGGUUGCCAAAGAUUCUCUGGAUGUGUACAUUGAGCACAGAAUAAUGUUGGAGGCCAGGAACCACAGAAUUCCCGGAGAAAUGCGGGAUCCCAGAAAUAGAUAUCCACCAGAGUUGAUCAGACGAUAUGAAGUAUACUUCAAGGAUUUAUCUACCUCAAAAUGUGUGCCCAUCAGAGAAGUGAAGGCUGAACACAUUGGCAAACUAGUCACUGUUAGAGGUAUAGUCACCCGGUGUACAGAUGUAAAGCCCCUACUCGUAGUAGCCACAUACUCCUGCAGUGCCUGUGGAGCCGAGACCUACCAGCCCGUCAAGUCUCUACAGUUCACACCACCUCCCGCCUGCACUGCCAAUGAAUGUCGGAUCAAUAAGACAGCGGGACAGCUGUAUCUGCAGACUAGAGGAUCUAGGUUCCAAAAAUUCCAAGAACUCAAAAUACAGGAGCAUUCAGACCAAGUGCCAGUGGGUCAUAUUCCUCGCCAGCUGUCUGUGUACUGUCGCGGGGAGACAACACGGCGCGCGCAGCCCGGAGACCACGUCGCAAUCACCGGAAUAUUCCUACCACUCCUCAACGCUGGCUUCAAGCAGAUCGUGCAGGGACUCCUGUCUGAUACAUACCUUGAAGCUCAUGGCGUAACUUGCAUCAAUCAAAGUGACGAGAACGAGAUGUCUGAAGCCCUCACGGAGGAGGAACUAUCGGAACUGGCUGAUGAGGACCUGUACUCCAGGAUGGCACGGAGUCUGGCCCCAGAGAUAUACGGACAUGAAGAUGUUAAGAAAGCCCUGCUGUUGCUCCUUGUUGGUGGAGUUGACAAACGUCCCAACGGCAUGAAGAUCCGUGGUAACAUCAACGUGUGCCUGAUGGGCGACCCCGGUGUGGCGAAGUCCCAGCUGCUCAAUUACAUCACGAGGCUCGCGCCCCGCAGCCAGUAUACCACGGGCCGCGGUUCCUCCGGCGUCGGUCUUACCGCCGCCGUGCUCAAGGACCCGUUCACUGGUGAGAUGAUGUUAGAGGGCGGGGCGCUAGUGCUAGCGGACCGCGGCGUGUGCUGCAUCGACGAGUUCGACAAGAUGGCGGAGGCCGACCGCACCGCCAUACACGAGGUCAUGGAGCAGCAGACUAUUAGCAUCGCAAAGGCGGGUAUAAUGACGUGCCUGAACGCGCGCGUGUCGAUCCUGGCGGCGGCGAACCCGGCGUACGGCCGCUACAACCCGCGCCGCACCAUCGAGCAGAACAUACAGCUGCCUGCCGCGUUGCUGUCGCGAUUCGACCUGCUGUGGCUCAUACAGGAUAGACCGAACAGGGAGAAGGAUCUCGAACUAGCGAAGCACAUAGCGUACGUGCAUCAGCACUGCGCGCAGCCGGCGGCGACCGGGGGCGGGCGCGCGCUGUCCAUGCGGCUCGUGCGGCGCUACGUGGCGCUCGCGAGGCGCAAGGAGCCCGUCGUGCCGCGCGCGCUCGCCGACUACAUCGUGUCAUCGUACGUGGAACUGCGUCGUGAGGCGCGUAACGCCCGAGACGUGACGUUCACGUCGGCGCGGAACCUGCUCGCCAUACUGCGACUGUCCACGGCGCUCGCGAGACUUAGGUUAUCUGACGUGGUGGAGAAGGAGGACGUGUCGGAGGCGAUCCGGCUGGUGGAGAUGUCGAAGCAGUCGCUGCAGCCAGUUGACGACAACGUGCAGAGGGGCAUCAGCGCGACGGACCGCAUAUUCGCUGUGAUCCGCGAGCUGGCCGGCUCCAGCAAGACCGUGAAGGUGGCAGACGUCAUCGAGCGCUGCGUUGACAAGGGGUUCAAGCCCGACCAGGUGGACGCGUGUAUCGAGGAGUACGAGAACCUGAACGUGUGGCAGGUGAACCAGGUGCGCACCAAGAUCACCUUCAUGUAGACCACCAGCAUCACAAGUGCCAACCAGUUCCGCCUUAGACUUAAGAUGACUUCCUCAAUAAAACGUUUUUCACAUUUCCUCGUUUGAAUGAUA